UGGAGGGAGCAGAGUUUUCUGAGCAUGGCUGCUAUAGGAGUUCACUUCGGCUAUACCUGCGCCUGUGUGGCGAUUUUUAAGGAUGGGCGGGCUGAUGUGGUGGCUAAUGAUGCAGGAGACAGAGUGACUCCAGCUGUGGUGGGCUACAGAGACACUGAGCAGAUUGUAGGUAUUGCAGCCAAACAGGGGCGAGUCCGCAACGCUGCCAACACGGUCGUCAAAGUAAAACAAGUGCUGGGGAGAAGGUGACACACUUUAUACUGU